GAGUCGGUAUGAGCGGGGAAGUGGGAUAAGUUAAAGAUAAGAAGUGUGAGCCACUGUUCUAACGCCAUCCUAAUAGUGGCAGUCAGGGUUCGGUUGUUAGUCGAUAGAUUGGGCCGAGUCGAAUAUGAGAAAAUGUGGGAUAUCCAACUGAGAAGGUGGGAUAAGUAAAGGAAUAAGAGCCUUAGUAUGUGUCGACUAAAAGAUGAGAAAUAAGAGCUUCGGGAUAUGUGGUAGGUUGGAAUAUUUAAAUGACGGCCUUAUCCGUUCCCGUCCAUGUGCCCCACUCUGUCGCCCUCAAUGCCAACGCGAAUGCACUUCAAAAUACGUCGAAGAACGUCAAUCGCCUUUCUCAACAUUUUCGGGAAGGAAAAGAGAAUUUAAUAGACAAAAAGGAUUUUGGGGGGAUCCGAAUAGGAAAAAAAUUUUGAAUGAAAGAAAUAAUCGAGUAUUUCCCCCGCAUUAUAUUUUGCCUUUAAAUGAAGGGUUAAAUGAAGAGAAAAAUAAAGAAAUUAAUAAAGAAGAAAAUAAAAUUAAUUAUGGAGAGAAUAAAUCAACAGAAUUAUUAAACCUUCAAAAGGAACUAAAUCAGACGGAAAUUAUUGAGUAAGUUUUUCUUUUCCCCCUUAGCUUCUUAAAGACUUCCUCCAAUCCUUCUGUCUCCUCUCUCAAUAAUUUUUAUUUUGGUCAACAAAAACGAAAUUUCGGUUAAUUUAUGAAAGCCUCUAGGUAAUAGCUUGGAAGUCGGCCCUUUUUUCCUUUCUAUGUAUUUUUUUCUAAUUUU